AUGGACCCGAGCAAGUACGCCUACUACCCGGGAAGUUUGCCGACGCCCUAUGCUCCGCCGCCGAACGGUAAUCCUCCAAACCAUCAGCCGCCGCCGCCGUACCACUCGGUUCAGCCGCCGUACAAUCCGAGCAUGUACGUUCCGCCGCCGCCAUCGCCAGCUCCGGUCACCGACUACAAGAUCACCGUCCGCGGACGUGUCAAAACCUUUGCCAUGCAGUUCGCCAUCGACGUCGUCUCCAACGGACGCAUUCUCCUGCACAUGAAUCCGCGCUUUCUGCUUUUUGAAGAGACCACCGUCUUUAACUCGUACACGGACGCUUGCGGCUGGGGUGCCGAAGAACGCCGCCACUUUCGCUCGCUGAAGCAGGGAGAGAACUUUGUCAUCACCAUUCAGUCGCGAGGUGGCUUCUUCUACAUCGACGUCAAUGGCGAGAAGUACACUUACCAGAAGCGCAUUUCCGAGGGACCGACUCGCGAGGUGAAGAUCAGCAAGGUGAAGGACAAUGACGUGAACAUUACUGCCAUUGAGAUUACUCCUUUCUAA